AUGAGUACCAAUUUCCUAUUGGUAUCCCUGGUCACCCUCGCAGUGGCUGUUUUGAGCUUCCUCGGCUUCAAAAUGCUGUUCUCUAGCAAGAAUCAAUUCCCUACCGAUGGCCUCACAGCCAUUGUCACAGGUGGCUCGCAAGGCAUGGGCCUUUCUAUAGCGCAAGAACUCGCCAGCAGAGGCGCAAAUGUCGUGAUUGUCGCUCAGGACAAGGCCAAACUGGCGAGGGCCGUCGACGCAAUCCGCGCAAAGGCAGUCAACCCCCAGCAACAGUUCCUCGACAUGUCCUUCGACCUCCGAUCGCCCGAGUCUGCCCCUACGAUCCUCAAACAAGUCACACAAUGGAACAACGGACAAGCACCGGACAUAGUCUUUUGCUGUGCAGGCAACUGCCAGCCGGCUUUCCUUGCAGAUGCAAGCGUCGAGACACUUCGAGGCCAGAUGGACACAAUCUACUGGUCUUCGGUAUACAUGGCGCACGCGGCCCUGAAUCUGUGGAAGCAACCUUCGUCGCCGGAGAACAAGCAACGCCGUAGCCCACCUACGCGGCAUAUUGUCUUUACAUGCAGCACGCUUGCUUUUGUUCCUGUCGCCGGCUAUUCGCCCUAUUCUCCUGCAAAGGCCGCAAUGAAGGCUAUGGCCGAUGGCCUGAAUCAAGAAGUGGCUGUCUACAAUGGCUCACGAUUGGGUGCUGGCCCAGCUCCUGACGCAGACAUUGCUGUCCAUAUUGUAUUUCCUUGUGGCAUUAUUAGCCCGGGCUUCGAGAACGAGAACAAGAUCAAACCGGAGCUCACUCUCAUGCUUGAGGAAGAUGACAAACCACAACAACCAGACGAAAUUGCGAAGAUUGUCCUCAACCGCCUCAAUGCCGGCGACUUCAUGAUCAGCACGUUAAUGUUGGGACACCUGAUGCGAGGCAUUGGCAUGGCCAGUAGCGUGCGAAAGAACUUCAUGGAUGUUUUCUGGAACUGGAUUGGAUCUCUGGUCAUCAUCUUUGUGGCCCCUGACCUGAUUGCAAAAUGCCGAAAAUGGGGUAAACAGAAGGGACUGGCUGCGACUGGACCUGCUCCUUCAAGUUGA